GCCCCGGGGUCGCCAUCCCAGGACCGGCGGCUCUAAAUAGCUGCGGCGCGGCUCCGCCGUGCCGAGGAGAGUCCCCCGGGACCGCGGUGGGGAGCAGCCGACGCUCCAUUCCCUCAGGGAUCCCCCAGCGCGGGUCGCGGGCCCCGGGUCCGCCAGGCCGCCCUGCCGCUGGGAGGCUCCGCCAUUAUCCAGCGGCGGGACGCUGCAGGCCGGAGCCUCCUCCUGUUGCUGGCGGUAUCGCCCCCUUCGCCUUUCUACUGGUCACGAGCCCAGUGCCAAUGGGAUGGACAGUACCUUGCCAGCAGUAGCAGAAGAGCUUUUGAAAGAGAUCAAAAAGGCUUAUCAGGAGACCUCACAGGUCCCUGAUGACCUGUUGCUGGGGCUGAAGUUCAUAUUUGGCCCAUCUGCUGUCCCAGCUUUGGAUUUGGUGGAUCAGCGUUCUGUCACUCGAGUCAGGUCCCCCAGCGGAAGGACCGCGUACCAGGUCCUUGGGAGCUCGGGCAAACUCUACACCUGCUACAGCUCCUGCCACUUCUGCACGUGUCCUGCUUUUGGUUUUACUGUAUUGCAGAAGAGUGAGAGCCUUCUGUGCAAACAUAUCCUUGCUGUCUACCUCAGUCAGGCCGUGGGAGCCUGCCAGGAACUAAGUGUCUCUGAGGAGCAGCUCACGAGCAUCUUACUGGCCGAGGAAGAGGAUGAAGGAUGAAGGACUUGGAUCACAUGUGGAUGUGCUCUCUGUGUGCCCCUCCCAGCUGGGUAGCUGGCAUUUUUUGUAUCUACAAGACUGUGAAAUGUUCAUCAUGGCUGGGAGAUUUCUUCCUGUGUUGCAGCCAAGUGUGACGUUAAUUAGCAGCCUUGCACUGAUGGAUUAAUUAAUAAAUGUUUUGUUUAUUUAGACUAUU